GCGGGAAAACGCGAAAAAGAUGGCGCCCCGCGCCCGGGGGGCCCCUUCCUGAGCGCCCCGGCCCCUCCCUCCUCCUCCGCCCCCCCUCCUCCCUGCGGCGCCCCCGCCCCGCCCCGCCCCCGCCGAGACCCCGACCCCGGCCCCACGGGCGGACACUCGGCCGGGCAGGCGCGGGCCGAGCGCAGCCACCUCCGCCGCCGAUGCGCCUGGUGGCCAGACUCCAAGUGGGACCGGCGGACACGCAGCCUCGCGUGUCAGUGGAAGCUGAUGGAGAAUCGAGGUCUGGACCCAGGGACUCGGGACUCCUAUGGUGCCACCAGCCACCUCCCCAACAAGGGGGCCCUGGCAAAAGCCAAGAACAACUUCAAAGACCUGAUGUCCAAGCUGACAGAGGGCCAGUAUGUGCUGUGCCGGUGGACAGAUGGACUGUAUUAUCUCGGGAAGAUCAAGAGGGUCAGCAGUUCUAAGCAGAGCUGCCUUGUAACUUUUGAAGAUAACUCCAAAUACUGGGUCUUGUGGAAGGACAUACAGCAUGCCGGUGUUCCGGGAGAGGAACCCAAGUGCAACAUCUGCCUGGGGAAGACAUCAGGACCCCUGAAUGAGAUCCUCAUCUGUGGGAAGUGUGGCCUGGGUUACCACCAGCAGUGCCACAUCCCCAGAGCGGGCAGUGCCGACCGGCCUCUGCUCACACCUUGGUUCUGCCGACGCUGCAUCUUUGCGCUGGCUGUGCGGAAAGGCGGCGCGCUGAAGAAGGGCGCCAUCGCCAGGACCCUGCAGGCUGUGAAGAUGGUGUUGUCCUACCAGCCCGAGGAGCUGGAGUGGGACUCGCCCCACCGCACCAACCAGCAGCAAUGCUACUGCUACUGCGGCGGGCCGGGAGAAUGGUACCUGAGGAUGCUGCAGUGUUACCGGUGCAGGCAGUGGUUCCACGAGGCCUGCACCCAGUGUCUCAAUGAGCCCAUGAUGUUCGGAGACCGGUUCUACCUGUUUUUCUGCUCCGUGUGCAACCAGGGUCCAGAGUACAUCGAGAGGUUGCCCCUGCGAUGGGUCGAUGUGGUUCACCUGGCCCUCUACAACCUGGGGGUGCAGAGCAAGAAGAAGUACUUUGACUUUGAGGAGAUUCUGGCCUUCGUCAACCACCACUGGGAGCUCCUGCAGCUUGGCAAGCUCACCAGCACCCCCGUGACGGACCGAGGACCGCAUCUCCUGAACGCCCUGAACAGUUAUAAAAGCCGGUUCCUCUGCGGCAAGGAGAUCAAGAAGAAGAAGUGCAUCUUCCGCCUGCGCAUCCGCGUCCCGCCCAACCCCCCCGGGAAGCUGCUGCCCGACAAGGGCCUGGUGCCCACCGAGAACGGCGCCUCUGAGCUGCGUAAGAGAGGAAAGAGCAAGCCUGGUUUGUUGCCUCAUGAAUUCCAGCAGCAGAAAAGGCGAGUUUAUAGAAGAAAAAGAUCAAAGUUUUUGCUGGAAGAUGCUAUCCCCAGUAGUGACUUUACUUCGGCCUGGAGCACCAACCACCACCUGGCCAGCAUAUUUGACUUCACGCUGGAUGAGAUACAGAGUUUAAAGAGCGCCAGCUCAGGCCAGACCUUCUUCUCCGACGUGGACUCCACUGAUGCUGCCAGCACCUCUGGCUCCGCUUCCACCAGCCUUUCCUACGACUCCAGACGGACAGUGGGCAGCCGCAAGAGGAAGCUGGCAGCCAAAGCGUACAUGCCACUGCGGGCAAAGCGGCGGGCGGCCGAGCUGGGUGGACGCUGCCCCUCCGACAGCAGCGCAGAGGGGGCCUCAGGCCCCGAGCGGCCCGACGAGGGCAUCGACAGCCACACGUUCGAGAGCAUCAGUGAAGAUGACUCGUCCUUGUCCCACCUCAAGUCAUCCAUCACCAACUAUUUUGGCGCAGCCGGGCGGUUAGCCUGUGGGGAGAAGUACCAGGUGCUGGCUCGGAGGGUCACGCCUGAGGGCAAGGUUCAGUACCUGGUGGAGUGGGAAGGGACUACCCCUUACUGACCAGCCCCCAAAGGAUGCCAGCAGUCCUGGAAACCAAAGGAGAGACAGCGGAAGCCACAGGCUCCCCAGUUCUCUCCAGGCUGGGGUGGGGGAGGGAAGCAAGACGGAGCUGCAAGUGCCUGGCCAGAGCCCUGCCUGCCCGCCUGCCAGGGCUGUGCCUCCGCUGUGCCCGUUCUGCUCUCCGGCCCCCUCAGGCUCACCACCUCUUUGCCUGUGUCUCUGAGGUCCCGCUGGCUAUUUCUCAGUGUCUCCACACACUCCCUCAAACUGUUUACCUGUUCCUCUGAAUUAGUGUCCUGCUGGCUCUGUGGCCUGUUCCUGAGGCCCGAGUCUUUGUCCCCAGUGCGUCCCUUUACCUUUCCUUCCCCUUUUGGGUGUGUGUGUUUACACACCCAACCCUCCACUGGACAUCCUUACACCUGACCCAUCCCAGGGACCACAUCAUGAGGACAGAAACCUUUGAGAAAGACUGGGUGAAGGUGGCUAAGGGGAUGCCUUGAGGAGCCUUUCCCUCUCACUUUCCUGCCUCUCCUUCUGCCCUUGGGAAGAGGUGGUGAGGGUGGGAGAGAGAAUGCCUCUGGAAAGCCUGUGUGGCAGAGGCCCUGGGACCCUCAGGAUCUGAGGCAUGAGGAGGCUGGGCCCCUGCUUCCAAAGGCACCAGCACCAGAGCCCAGUUAUUAAGGCCCAGAGUGCAGGCUGCAGGCGUCAGCUUCUGAGACCCGUGUUCCCUCCCCUGGCCACAUCCCUCUCUGUUACCAUGGAGCUGGGCCUGGCCUUGCAAACCUGAGGCUGGAGGAAAGGAAGCCGUGUCCUGCUACACCUCAGACUGUCUCCUCUGCCUCCCACCCCCAGACUCACUCCACACACAGAAGCUUCCAUCUGUGUGUGUGCUUUCACCUCCAGGCACACACACGGGCCCUGGCCUCCAGGUGUACACACACACACACACACACACACACACACACACACACACACACACACACACACACACACACACACACACACACACACACACACACACACACACUCUCUCUCUCUCUCUCUCUCUCUCUCUCUCUCUCUCUCUCUCUCUCUCUCUCUCUCUCUCUCUCUCUCUCACUCACUCACACACUCUCCUUCGGGUGCCAGCGUGGCUCCUGCCCUUGGCUUUUCCUUGGCCCUCUUCUGGGGGCCACGUGCUGCAACUCAAUGUGAACGUCCAGCACCUGCCCGUGAACCAGCUGUCACCCUAGAGGGAGGCACAGGGGACUCAUACGCUCUUCCUUAUCCCCUGCCUUGUUCUGAAACUGACAAUCACUUUUGGGGCAGGUUGGGAUUUUUUUAAAGGGCCUGAGUCAUUAAGUCCCCUCAAAGGGAAGCCUUUGUCAGUGGGAGUAUACAUAGAGUCUUAGAACCACCAUUAAAACUCAGACCCACCUGGAGGGAGACCAAAAAUGGGAGGGGGAGGAGACCCCUCAUUUUUGCUGCUUCCAGAGGUAUUAGAAACUGACUCACUUGAUUGGAAAGAAGUGCCUUGACUGGGGCGAGGGGUGUACCUGAGGGGGACCAUCCUUGCCAACUGCUUCUGUGGCCUCCAGCUCGGCUGGGUUUUGGAGGCUGCCGGCUGCAAGGUGAAGGGGGGUGAACAAUGAGCUGAGAGCAGCAGGCCUGGAGCUGGUUUUUCCAUUAGGCUGACCCCUCCCCAUCUGUGGGCAUUCAGGGGGGUCCCUGAGAGAGUUCAGAUGCCCCUUGCCUCAAACCUCAGCCCCAACAGUGCCUUUCAACUGGGACCUCACCUCCUGUACACAGUCCACCCACUUCCUUCUGCUUCCCAGCAUGGUCCAGGCAGGAACAAGCUGGUUGGGCCCAGUUCUCUCCCUUCUCAGUUCCACAGCUGCUGCCACUGAAGGCCCCAACUGGGGCCAGGUGGAAGGGGAGCUGAGAAGGCAGCCCCCAGCCAGCCGCCUGAAGUAUGGGGCCAGAUCUAACCGGGGGCCUCCUGCCUGGCUCCAGAGAACACAGCAGCCUCCCAGGCCUGCCUUCCAGGCUUCUGAGAAAGUGCAGGAUGAACACAGCCUGUCAGUGUACCUGCACCUCCUCUACUCAAGCUCCAGAGGCUCUGGCCUUGAAGAGGAGGAAGGAGGGAGAGUGUCUUCCUCACCUGGAGGUCAGUGUAAGGCCUGGCAAGGUCACACUGACUCCACACCCCAGCAUUUCAUUCAUACCUGAAAAUAGCUGCAUUACUGCCAACUGACCUUAUCAUAACCCUGUGCACCUUCAAAAAGAUUUACGGUUUUGAAUUGCUGCUUUUAAUAACAUUUGUUAUAUUAAAAUUAUAAUUAAUGUGUCUGAUUGACAA